ACCGCGGCGGCCAUAUUAUUGUCAAUCUCAAUUUUGUAAUGAAGUGAGAAUAGCGUCAGUCAGUGAAUUUAAUAGAAAAGUUUGUUAAUUUCCACUCAAAAUUAGUUUUUUUGUAACAUUUGUUUCAAAAGAUAAACUGUGUUUAUCGCUUGUAGAAUAACGCCAAGUUGACAUAUAAGCUAUUAAUAUUUGCGAAAAGUGAAGAAUAGCACUAGGGAAGAAAGUGAAGUUUUGAAGAAGCAGAAAAAUCUUCUCAGCGUCUCAGGUGAAUACGUAGUGAAAUGGGGAAAGAAAUUGAUCCAGCCGAUAUUGGAAAAUAUCCCGAAGUUAUUAAAAAGGCACAAGCUGAAAUGUCGAAUAUAGAUGUUCUUGUUUGUGGUCAAUGUAACAACGUUUUUCACUUUAUUGAAAAUUUUCGUGAACAUAAAACCAUACAAUGCUCAAAAUCGUUGACGCUUAAAGAUAAUUUGGAAACAAAACCGGUGAUUUGGUCCUUUUUACUUUGGAAAGCAUCCCAGUUGAAUCAAGAUCAAUCAAAGGAAUCGAACUCUUGGCGUCUGUAUCAAAACUGGAUGAAAUUGGAUGAGGCAAUAAAAGAAACUUGGGUUGUUGCUGGCCGCACAAUUCAGUCUUUUGCGAAAAUUGGACAAGGUAGUUUACAGGAGAUGCCUGUAAAAAUUACAAAAACUGUUGUAGAUAAUUCAGCUGAAGCAUCACGCGGACGACAGUUAGUAACAAAUCGUGUGGUUAAUAAAACACCGAUGUCACAAAAAGAGCUGGAUGCUAGCUUUAACGAAUUGAAAAACAGUGAAACAUCAACACCACUUGGAACGAAGCGAGCUAUUGUACGUUCACCACCUUCUAAGAAUAUACUUACAAGAGUUGGUGCGACCAUCGUUCAAUCAAAGCCUGGUAUAAUGGCACGUGAAGCUUGGCGUACGAUGGGGAACUCGACCAACGGCAACGUACAAACAAAAGAACAUCGCAUUGAGAAAAUUUUGGCAAAACGUUUUAAUCCACGUCAAAAGGAGCAUGAAUACUUAAUCAAAUGGGAAAAUGUAUCCCAUGAAAAUAAUACAUGGGAGCCAGCUUCUCAUCUUGAACCAUGCCCAGUCCUACUAGAUACGUUUGAAAAACAGUUAGCGCGACAAAAAGAGCAACGACAAGCUCAAGCUGCCAAACUUGCUCAAGCUCAAGCCCAGCAGCAAAUACAAGAUGAGAGCAAAGCAAAUGAUAGUGUAUCAAGUCAGUCAGAGGAUGAUAGUCUAUCCGGAAUGAAACGAAGGAAAUUAGAAAAUUCGCCUAUUAAAGGUAUAAAUAAGAUCGAUACAAAUUCUUUCAAUCGAUCUAUUGUUGGAAAAACCAAACCAAAUGGUAUACAACACAUUUCGAAUGAUAAAUCCGCAGAAGUUGUAAUCACAAAUUCAAAAGAUGGUAAACAGACUGGCAUUGUAAAAAAGACUGGUGUAUCGAUAAAUCCAGCUCCGAAGAACGAAGCACAAGUGAAGGUCAUUCCCAAAGGUGGUGAUUCUGUUAGUGGUGUUGUUCGUGUAAGCAGCACACAAAGAAUUAUUCAAAAAUUGGGCAGCACUACGGUAAAAACUGUACAAAACAAUUUACGACCAGCGAUUAAAACCCAACAAAAAGCGACAUCAGUAGCAAUUGCUACACCGACUCGUAAUCAACCAAUGCAUUCAUUAAGUACAGUAAGUCAACAAACAAGAUCUGGAGUAAAGCCAACAAUAACACGCGUAGUUAAAAGUACGCCAACUUCGAAAUCUACAACACCCGAACAGAAAAUUGCCGCACUUACACGACAAGGUAACUUGAAAAUCACCAGAAAAUUCAUAAAUGCGCCGAUUAAUGCGCAAUCGAUAGCCUUGCAAGGUGGAGAAGAAUUUAAUUUGAAUGAAUCAUUUUCGAAUGUGGAACCAACAACCAAAACUGAGACUCAAGAACAACAACAACAGCAAAUGCCAAUUGUUGCAACACAAAUUUUAACUUCAGUUGACACCCCGAGUGCAUCAUCUGUUCCCUUGAUUGAUACCUCAAAUUUGGAACAGAACAUAAACGAAAUUAAAAAAGAGAACGAAGACAUUGUCAUGAAUGAAGAACAACUACAGCAACUGCAACAAGCAGGCGGUAUUGUUACUGAUCAAGAUGGUAUACAACAAAUUUUGGCAGCAAGUGAAGAUGGAAGUCAGCAAUUGAUACAGUUCGUUACUGGCGAAGAUGGCACAAUAUAUCAAGUUGCUGGCAAAAACGAGCAGGGCCAAACUAUUUUGAUUGCACAAGGAGCAGACGGUGACCACGUUUAUGUUGCAGCUGAGGACAGUGAAGCACUUGGCUUAGAUGAAGGAAAUAAUGGAGUUUUAUCAAUUGAUGGGAAUUUGGUUGAAGCUAAUUCAGAAGUUCAGCAACAAUUACAACAACAAUUGGUUGGUGAUAGUGGACAACAAAGCAUACACUUUUCCAUUGGUACAGAUGAAGCAUCUGCAGUUCAAAACGUGCAUCAACCAUUGGCAGUGGCAACCGAAGAUGGUGACUCACAAGAUGGACAAAUUACAGCCGAAGUAGUACAGGCUGACCUGCCAUCUCCAGGUGGAACACGAAGAGUAGUUUUACAACUACCAGAUGGUACUUUUAUGGUUACAGAAGUCGAUGAAGAACAGUUCAAGGCUCUAAAUAUGCAAGGUUAAGCUAUAUAGGUUUUAUUUAAUUAUAGUAUACUAGUAAUACAAAUAGUUUUAAUACUUUCUUUAAGAAUAGUAACGUUUUGAAGACAAAUAAAAUCUUUAAAUAAAAAUUAUCAAUAGACAUUCUAAAAUAAUAUUUUUUAGGAAAAAAAUAACCUAACAAUUUGCAUUCUAAAUCUUAUGUCAAUUCAGAAGACAUAAAAACCUAUUUGCUAGAAAAUAAUAAAAAAAGAUAACUAACUACAACUACAAAGCAGACCAGCUUCGUAGCGUGACCAACAUUAUUAAAUUUAGUUUCUUGUGGAUUUGUUUAGAUUGAAUGUGUUAAAUUUAUUUGAAAGAUUAAAAACGAAAAGCUGUGUUUACUACACAACCAUUUUUUGAUUGAUUGA